GCUGCCAGCUGCCAUCACCUCACAAUGCACUCUGCUCUCCAUGCCCCAUGGGGGAUGCUCUCUGCAGGGCUGGCACUCCUGAUGCUUCCGGGAGCCGCGCUUGGCUCAGACUCCAAUCCAGACAACAACUCCGUGGCUGUGGUCUUCCUGGUCUUCCUGCUCCUGCUGCUGCUCCUGGUACUGGCCCUGGCCUGGCGCAAGCUGAGCCAUGAUUCAGACGGCAGGUAUCACCCACGCCACCUGUGCCAGCCACACCGCCUGCUGGCAGCCCUGGCCAGGCGCUGGCGUGAGCUGCAAGGGCAGGUGCCCCCUGAGAGGCACUGGCAAGGCAAGGAGGACGACGAGGAUGAGGACGACGAGGAGGAGGAGGACGAGGAGACCCUUCAGCGGGAUGAGGAGGAAGGUGGAGGAGGGAAGGAACAGCAGAGCGAGGAGGAGGGCACUGCUGUGCCAGAGGGGACCCUGCCCCGCGAUGUCCCUGAGGGAGCCCUGGAAGAGGGAGGGGAGGCAGAGGGUGCCAGUGCCGGGGGCCUGCUCAGCGACCUGCACUCCUUUUCCGGGACAGCUGCCUGGGAGGACAGCGCCGCGGAAGGAGGCAGCCGCCAGCAUGUCACUGCCCUCUAGGGGAGCUGAGGGAAGGACACAGACUACAGGGGGGGAAUGUAGCCCCCCACUUGCUCACUGGGGAGCAACUGCAGGUGAACAACUGCUCCCAGCCCCCCCGCAAGGAGCUGGGAUGAACUGCUCCCCACACCCCACCCCUCCCUGCAGAGCUCUCCACCCCUCGCCAUGGGGCUGCAUGGGGCCCCCUGCACCCCACCUCUCCCCCCAACACACACCAGGAAAGCCAGCCCAAGCAGAGCAGGGAGCGCCCUCUUCCCCUCAGACUCUGCAUUGACUCUAGCAUUCCUCCUCCCCCACCCCCACUGCCUGCACCAGGAUAUGGGGUGUGACACCGUAACAUGAGGGCGUGGCUCCACUCCCACUGGGGAGCUGCUGAUUAGCCCACAUGCACCGCUACAGGCACCAAUAAAGGGGCAGCAUUGCUCAUAACCUGUCACACUCUGCAGCUUCAUUUACCCCAGAGGGGAAUGCUGGGGGUGGGGCUGCAUAGGAGGGGCAGAACCGGCUGUGAACCACACCCCUGGAAGAAGGGGAAGGGAGGGUGACCCCAGCCUUCUGGCCUUAAGGAAGGCUCUCCAGGCCCUCCUGCCCUAGAACAUGAUGGGAGCAGAGUAUGAGGCUUCCCCAUUGGGCAAUUCCCGCAACUGGCUGCCCACCAGCUGGAGUGACACCCCUCCCCCAAACACCAUGGAGCAGCUGGCAAGGGGGUGGUGGCAAACUACCUCCCCUCCCCCAGCAACAAGAAGGGAGGGCCACAGCACAGCCAUAUCCAGGCUUUAAUUGGCACAGACCCAGCCACAGAGAGGGGCUGUCUGCCCCCCCCCCACAUGUCAGAAGGUGACAUGGAGUACAGCAGACAAGCCAGCAACCCUCCCACCCAGAGGAGACAAAGUGUGGUCAUUUCCCCAAUACUCAGUACCCCCACUGUCCCUCCCCACACCAUGCCUCUCCAGG